AUGGUGGCUGGCCGUGUAUGGAGGUGCCACUUUGAGUGGUCACGGAUGGAGGCCGAUGAUGGUGAGGGUGGUGGUUGUGGUGGCCGAAUGGUGGUUAUGGUGAGUAUUCUUGAAGAAAACAUUGAUAUUAGAGAUAUCGUUCGCUACAUGGAAGUCAUGAAGCAAUUUAAUCUUGGACCCAAUGGUGGAAUUCUUACUUCACUUAACUUGUUUGCUACUAAGUUUGAUGAGGUAGUCUCAGUUAUUGAGAGACGAGAAGAUGAGCUUGAUUAUGUACUUGUAGACACUCCUGGUCAGAUUGAGAUAUUCACUUGGUCUGCUUCUGGUGCAAUCAUCACCGAAGCUUUUGCUUCUACAUUUCCUACUGUGGUCACAUAUGUAGUUGACACACCCCGCUCGUCUAGCCCAGUAACUUUUAUGAGCAAUAUGCUUUAUGCUUGUAGUAUACUUUACAAGACACGGUUGCCUCUUGUGCUCGCAUUUAACAAGAUCGAUGUGGCUCAACAUCAAUUUUCUUUAGAGUGGAUGGAAGAUUUUGAAGCAUUUCAAGCUGCAAUAAAUGCAGAUGACUCUUACUCCUCAACUUUAACCCAGAGCCUCUCCCUUGUACUGGAUGAGUUUUAUAAGAAUUUACGUUCUGUUGGUGUAUCUGCGGUUUCUGGUGCUGGAAUGGAUGACUUUUUUAAGGCAAUAGAAGCAAGUUCUGCAGAGUAUAUGGAAACUUAUAAGGCUGAUCUUGACAAGAGAUGUUCAGAGAAGCAGCGGUUGGAGGAAGAGCGGAGGAAGGAGAAUAUGGAUAAACUGAGGAAGGAUAUGGAGAAGUCCAACGGUGAAACUGUGGUUUUAAGUACUGGUUUGAAAAACAAAGAAGAGACCAGUAAAGUCAUGAUGGAUGAAGAAAAUGAAGAAGUAGAUGAGGAUUUUGAGUUAUUUUCUGAAGAUGAGGAUGCUAUAGAUGAGGAUGAAGAUGAAGAGGUUUCUCGGUUCUCAUUUUAAUGGUGAUGCUUCAACCCUCAAGGGUAGUAUGAUUUGUUUGGAGCAAAACUAUGUAUAAGACUUGUUUGGAACAAAACUGUGUAUAGAACUAACUUAAAGAUCUGAGGCUAUAGAAGAUAAUG